CAGCAACGCCCGUCGUCACGACACCGCCGUCAAGAUGAAGCUCAACGUUUCCUACCCCAACAAUGGCACCCAGAAGCUGAUCGAGAUCGAAGAUGAGCGCAAGCUCCGCGUCUUCAUGGAGCGCCGCAUGGGUCAGGAAGUCCCUGGCGACAGCGUCGGCGAUGAGUUCAAGGGCUACGUCCUGAGGAUCACCGGCGGCAACGACAAGCAGGGUUUCCCGAUGAAGCAGGGUGUUAUGCACCCCACCCGUGUCCGCCUUCUCCUUGCCGACGGUCACUCCUGCUACCGUCCCCGCCGCACCGGCGAGCGCAAGAGGAAGUCCGUCCGCGGUUGCAUCGUCGGCAUGGACCUCUCUGUCCUCGCCGUGAGCAUCGUCAAGAAGGGCGACGAAGACAUCCCCGGUCUUACCGACGUUGUCCACCCCAAGCGCCUCGGCCCCAAGCGCGCCACCAAGAUCCGCCGUUUCUUCGGUCUCAGCAAGGAAGAUGAUGUCCGCAAGUUUGUCAUCCGCCGCGAGGUUCAGCCUAAGAAGGAGGGCGCAAAGCCCUACACCAAGGCUCCCAAGAUCCAGCGCCUGGUCACUCCCCAGCGUCUCCAGCACAAGCGCCACCGCGUCGCACUCAAGCGCCGCCGCGCGGAAGCCUCCAAGGAUGCUGCCAGCGAGUACGCCCAGAUCCUCUCCAAGCGCAUCAACGAUGCCAAGAGCGCCCACGAGGAGGCCAAGAAGAGGAGGGCUUCGUCGAUGAGGCAUUAGAGGAUGAAUCAUGAAUGCAUGAUUGGGUCGUGGAAUGAUUACUUUGGCGUCGGCACGAAAAUAUCGGUGUGGGCUCCCUGUAUCUGAAUGAAAACUUCGGGAUUCUGGGCAUGGAAUGGGGCGCUUCUUCAUACCACUGACUGCUCAAGGCAGCUGUCUCUUCAAUAUAAACAAUUGC